AUGAUGAAUUCAUCCAGUCCUGUCUCUCGUUUAUUAGAAUGUCAAAAUUUAUCAAAUUUAACUCAUCUCAACAUUUCGUUUAUUGAUCCAAACGGAAUGAAAAAACUUGGAGAAAGUCCCAAUCUCACGAAUUUGAAACGGUUAAUGAUAAACCAUUCUCAUCGGUGUGCCAUCUCUCAACAAGAUUUUCGUGUGUUUUGCAAUAGUGCUAACUUUUGUAAAUUGACAGAGUUGCAGUUGCAUUGUUUCGAAAAUCAACUUUUCAAUGCAAUUGAAAUAUUAACGGAAAGUGAAAUUUUCAAAAGUGGUCAGUUGACUUCAUUAAGGUUGCAUGGUCCAGUGUUAAGAUAUACGGAUGUUCGAUAUUUAGUUGAGAACUCUAAAACAACCUUCUCGAAUUUAAAAACACUUCAUUGUGAAGUGCAUGACAUGAAAAGUAUUCAAUUAUUAGCCUCUUGUUCACAAUUUCAACAACUGACUUCUCUAGGUUUGAGCUAUUGCCAAUUAGAAGACGACUCAGUUGCUGCAUUAAUCGAUUCAAAUUCUUGUCUGAAAUCAUUACAUUCGCUUCAUUUUGCUGGUAAUUGCAUCUCGUUCAAAGGAGUAAGAUCACUCAUGAAUUUCCAAAACUUGGAAUUGUUCGAUUUACAACAAAACCCUAUCGAAGUGGAAGGUGCUAAGAUUAUAUCCCUGUCAGAACACAUGAAAACUCUUACGUAUUUAGAUUUAAGCAGCUGCCGCAUUGGAGACGAAGGACUCAUGUAUUUGACACAAAGUCAAUAUUUAUCCAAGCUGAAUACCUUGAUCCUUGCUCGGAAUCAUUUGGGACCCAAAGGAGCGCAUUAUCUAGCUGAAACCGAGUGGAGAACUUUUCCAAAUUUAACCUACCUAGAUAUGAAAGACAACUGGUUUGGAGAUUCAGGACUUUUGGCUCUUGCAACAUGUGAAAUUAUCAAAAACCUUAAAGAAUUAUUCUUGACUCAUCUUGUAUUGGGAACAACAAGCGCAGAGUAUUUAUUUUCCUCUGACAAUUCUUUUGGUAAGGUUUCAAAAUUUCAUUUAAAGGUGAACAAGUGUGAGAAUCCUUCUCAAUGCAAACACUUGGUUCAAGGUCUGUUGAAAAAGUAUCCUCAUGCUCAAAUUCAAACUGGAGAAUCCUAUUCCAUUAAAAGAAAGUGCAGUAUAAUGUAA